UGGGAAUAAAUAUAAUUCAUACCAUUCUUAUUUUCUUGGUUUAGAGACAGCUUAUCUACAUCCUUAAAUUAAUGGCUGUAGUUACCCUCUGCGCAUGGCUCCGACAAAAGAAAACCAUCUGCGAUUCAGUGUAGGAAAACUGGGUUGCCUGAAAUCUGGCACUACUUUGGAAAAGCCUCUCCUAGCUGUCGUGAGGGCUAAAUAAAACCGCCACCGUCGCACAGUAUUUAGCACAGCGCAGGGACGGAGCGUGGGCAUUUAUUUCCGCCAGCCACGUUCUCCUCUCUUGGGAAAAUCACCACAGGAAAAGGACGUGCACUGGCGUGGGUCUCCGCGAUGCCCGGUGCCUCAGAUCCCAUUACCACCUUCCGCAAAAGCUAAGCGGGCACGGGGGAAAUCCAGCCCCUUGGACCAAGGGUGCCCAGUGCAGCCAGGAAUCCAGGGAGAAGAUUUGGUGUAACGUAUUUCUUCAAGAUUGAACAGCAGCAACCUGUUAUUUCUGAUUGACCUGAAGCUGACUUAUAGCCAUAGAGAAACCUCCCAAAGUUCCAUCUUUUAUUUUCUGCUUUACAUCUUUUUUGGCACCUAAGUUCACCUUGCAACCAUGUAUGGAAGUGCUCGCUCCGUUGGGAAGGUAGAACCGAGCAACCAGAGCCCUGGGCGUUCACCUAGGCUUCCACGUUCCCCUCGCUUGGGUCAUCGUCGAACCAAUAGUACAGGAGGGAGUUCUGGAAGCAGUGCUGGAGGUAGCGGUGGGAAAACCCUUUCAAUGGAGAAUAUACAAUCCCUAAAUGCUGCCUAUGCCACAUCUGGCCCUAUGUACCUAAGUGACCAUGAAAAUGUGGGUUCAGAAACACCUAAAAGCACCAUGACACUUGGCCGUUCUGGGGGACGUCUGCCUUAUGGUGUUAGGAUGACUGCUAUGGGCAGUAGCCCCAAUAUAGCUAGUAGUGGGGUUGCUAGUGACACCAUAGCAUUUGGAGAGCAUCACCUCCCUCCCGUGAGUAUGGCAUCCACUGUACCUCACUCUCUUCGUCAGGCAAGAGAUAACACAAUCAUGGAUCUGCAGACACAGCUAAAGGAAGUCUUAAGGGAGAAUGAUCUCCUGCGGAAGGAUGUGGAAGUAAAGGAGAGCAAACUGAGUUCUUCAAUGAAUAGCAUCAAGACCUUCUGGAGCCCAGAGCUAAAGAAAGAACGAGCACUGAGGAAAGAUGAAGCUUCCAAAAUUACCAUUUGGAAGGAACAGUAUAGAGUUGUGCAGGAGGAAAACCAGCACAUGCAGAUGACGAUCCAGGCUCUUCAGGAUGAAUUGCGGAUCCAGAGGGACCUGAAUCAGCUGUUUCAGCAAGACAGUAGCAGUAGGCCUGGCGAACCUUGUGUGGCAGAGCUGACAGAGGAGAACUUUCAGAGGCUACAUGCCGAGCAUGAGCGGCAGGCCAAAGAGCUGUUCCUUCUUCGAAAGACCCUGGAGGAAAUGGAGCUGCGUAUUGAGACUCAGAAGCAGACCUUAAAUGCUCGGGAUGAAUCCAUCAAGAAGCUUCUGGAGAUGUUGCAGAGCAAAGGACUUUCUGCUAAGGCUACUGAGGAAGACCAUGAGAGAACAAGACGGCUGGCAGAGGCAGAGAUGCAUGUCCACCACCUAGAAAGCCUUUUGGAGCAGAAGGAAAAAGAGAACAACAUGUUGAGAGAGGAAAUGCAUCGGAGAUUUGAGAAUGCCCCUGAUUCUGCCAAAACAAAAGCUCUACAAACUGUUAUUGAGAUGAAGGAUUCAAAAAUUUCCUCUAUGGAGCGUGGGCUCCGAGACCUAGAAGAGGAAAUUCAGAUGCUGAAAUCAAAUGGGGCAUUGAGUACUGAAGAACGGGAGGAAGAAAUGAAACAAAUGGAGGUGUACCGAAGCCAUUCUAAAUUUAUGAAAAAUAAGGUAGAGCAACUGAAGGAGGAACUAAGUUCGAAAGAGGCUCAAGGGGAGGAGCUGAAAAAGAGAGCGGCUGGUCUUCAGGCCGAGGUCUUUGCCAUUGGCCAGGUGAAACAGGAGCUGUCCAGGAAAGACACAGAACUACUAGCCCUGCAGACAAAGCUAGAAACACUCACAAACCAGUUCUCAGACAGUAAGCAGCACAUUGAAGUACUGAAGGAGUCCUUGACUGCUAAGGAACAAAGGGCUGCUAUCCUACAGACUGAGGUGGAUGCUCUCCGAUUGCGUUUGGAAGAGAAGGAAACCAUGCUGAAUAAAAAGACGAAACAAAUUCAGGAUAUGGCUGAGGAGAAGGGGACACAAGCUGGAGAGAUACAUGACCUCAAGGACAUGCUGGACGUGAAGGAGCGGAAGGUUAAUGUUCUUCAGAAGAAGAUUGAAAAUCUUCAAGAACAACUUAGAGAUAAGGAAAAGCAGAUGAGCAGCUUGAAAGAACGAGUCAAAUCCUUACAGGCUGACACCACCAACACUGACACUGCCUUGACAACUCUGGAGGAGGCCCUUGCAGAGAAAGAGCGGACAAUAGAACGCUUAAAGGAGCAGCGGGACAGAGAUGAGCGAGAGAAGCAAGAGGAAAUUGAUAACUACAAAAAAGAUCUUAAAGACUUGAAAGAAAAAGUCAGCCUGUUACAAGGCGACCUCUCAGAGAAAGAGGCUUCACUCUUGGACCUGAAAGAGCAUGCUUCUUCCCUGGCUUCUUCUGGACUGAAAAAGGACUCACGGCUUAAGACACUAGAGAUUGCUUUGGAGCAGAAGAAGGAAGAGUGUCUGAAAAUGGAAUCACAGUUGAAAAAGGCACAUGAGGCAACAUUGGAGGCCAGAGCCAGUCCAGAAAUGAGUGACCGAAUACAGCAAUUAGAGAGAGAGAUUACCAGGUACAAAGAUGAAUCUGGCAAGGCCCAGGCAGAAGUUGACCGCCUCUUGGAAAUCUUGAAGGAGGUGGAAAAUGAGAAGAAUGACAAAGACAAGAAGAUAGCUGAGUUGGAAAGUUUCACCUCAAGGCAAGUGAAAGACCAGAAUAAGAAGGUAGCAAAUCUGAAGCACAAGGAACAGGUGGAAAAAAAGAAGAGUGCACAGAUGCUAGAGGAAGCGCGACGAAGGGAGGACAAUCUCAAUGACAGCUCCCAGCAACUACAGGACAGUCUCCGUAAGAAGGAUGACAGAAUUGAAGAGCUGGAGGAAGCACUAAGAGAAAGUGUACAGAUAACUGCAGAGCGAGAAAUGGUGCUAGCACAAGAGGAAUCAGCCAGGACCAAUGCUGAAAAACAGCUGUUGAGUGAAAUAUUGCAUGAGACCAGUCAUUUGGGCUUUAAGUGGUUCAAGGUGGAGGAGUUACUGAUGGCCAUGGAGAAGGUAAAGCAGGAACUGGAAUCCAUGAAAGCAAAGUUAUCCUCCACCCAGCAGUCUCUGGCAGAAAAGGAAACACAUUUGACCAAUCUUCGGGCAGAGAGAAGGAAACACCUAGAGGAAGUUCUGGAGAUGAAGCAAGAAGCUCUUCUGGCUGCCAUUAGUGAAAAAGAUGCCAACAUAGCUCUUUUGGAGCUUUCAUCCUCUAAGAAAAAGACCCAAGAAGAAGUGGCUGCACUAAAGCGUGAGAAGGACCGUCUGGUGCAGCAGCUCAAGCAACAGACACAAAAUCGAAUGAAGCUAAUGGCCGACAACUAUGAGGAUGACCACUUCAAAUCUUCCCAUUCCAAUCAAACAAAUCAUAAGCCCUCCCCGGACCAGAUCAUCCAGCCCCUCUUAGAACUUGACCAAAAUAGAAGCAAACUAAAGUUGUAUAUUGGACACCUGACAGCCCUCUGCCAUGACCGAGACCCCCUGAUCCUUCGUGGACUCACUCCACCAGCUUCCUAUAACCUGGACGAUGACCAGGCAGCUUGGGAGAACGAGCUGCAGAAGAUGACCCAGGAACAGCUGCAGAAUGAGCUAGAAAAAGGUGAACGGGACAAUGCAGAACUUCAGGAGUUUGCCAAUGCCAUUCUCCAGCAGAUAGCAGAUCACUGUCCCGACAUCCUGGAGCAGGUGGUCAGCGCGCUGGAAGAGUCCUCCUGACCCUGCUGUGCGGAGAAGCCCAAGCCGGGCGGCCAGGGAGCCAGGAAGGGAGAACUGUGAGGAACAGGCGCCCAGAGCCUUCUUGGCACCCAACACUGCACACGGCGUCCCAUCUUGCUCACUUGAAGAAGUGUGACUCCGGCACCGUUUCUAAUCUGUCAUCUUCCUCCAUCUUUCUGCUUUUGAUGUGGUCUCUACACUGAUUUUCUGGAUGUCCAAGGUGGGUCAACAGCCGAGUCUCUCUGAAGAGCUGCCAUCCAGUCAUCGACAGUGGGGACCAGAAGCUGGUGGCUCUGCCCUACAGGGGCUUGGGCACAGAGCCCUCUCUCCUCCUGUCCUUUGUCAUGAGAACAAAGCCUGGAAUCUCCUUGGAGUUCAGCAGGUUGAGAGAAUGCCUCACACUGGACCGGAGAGCUGAGUGUUCCAAUAUCGCAAUAGGUGCUUUCUCCUAAAGGGCAGAAAAAAAUCUCAGAAAGAGUAUUAGAAAAAGAGAGAGUGGGGACAGAGUGAAUAGGGACAAAGAGAAACCACCUCCUCUCACAGUCUGUCUGCUUCCUCCCCAUGGGUGACGUUUGUAUGGGGAGCCGGGGCAGAGGCCUCACCCUUCUCCUCCCCCAGGACUGGGCCUCUGCCCGGCCUCGCUCUACCCCUCAGCUAGCUGUCAAGACAGUGGGAGCAGUGACCCCAGUCUUUCUGUGCAAGACCUUGACCUUACCAUAUUAGUUGUUAAAUAAAAUGUCAACGGAAAGAGAAAAGGGGUUUGACAUGCAAGGCCCCGUCAUCCCUGCCUGCAGCAUUGCCCCUCUAGAAGGUUCCUCAGGCUCAGGCUGACUUCCCCUGAAUGUCUCUGGGAUGCCGCCUGCCCUGUGGCACCCAGGCCCGCACUCCUGCAGCCUGGCAGGGGCUAAGGUUGAAGAUCCCUCUCGCGCCCUUUCAGCCUUGCUCUUGGCUUGCCCUCUCAGAACCAGCCUCAUGUAUGCCUGGAACCUUCUUCUGGCACAGUGAAGGUUCCUUAUCCCACACAUUCCUUUCUCUGUUCUUUGACCCAGAUGGUAUUUGCGAAAUGCCUACUGUGCACAAGUCACCAUGUUAGGCAUCCAUUCUUGAAAGUCUCUUCAGUGAGGGAGCGGUGUCGUGGCUUCCAGGAGGCAUGCCUGGUUGAGUCAAAGCAGUGACAAGCACAUCCUUCCCCUCCCCCACCUUAAUAUAAGGUAUCAUUCUAGAAAAGUCUUUCAUAAGUCAGCAUUUCUCAUCGAUAAUGACAAGGAAAUUGAUAGGUUUGAGGGGCCCAGUUGCCUCAUUGCCUAUGGGGUACCAUUUGGUAAUUGAGGAUUUUUGCUGUUUGCUGUUAUUACCCUUAGGGGGCUGUGGGAGGCCACUCCCUACACAUCUGCACGAGCCUCGUGGACUAAACCCAGUUGAAGGUGUUGGCACUUUGAAGGGCGUUUUUCCCAAGCAUAGACAGUGGCCAUCGUGAAUAAUCAGGUCCCAAGAACUAGACCACCUAACCCACAUCUACCACCCCUUUGACCACCUCUGCCACCAGAAGCCCACCAGACACUCACAUCUUCUGAGGGGAGUUGCUGGACAGGGUAUUAGAGUCUCACUGUGUCCACCAUGACAUAAAGAACUGAGGCGUGACAACAGCCUUCACAGGGCUUCGGCAGAACAGAGAGCAGGGUAGGCCGUGCCUGAAGGAUUGGCCCAGCCCGGGCUUGCUGUCCUGCAGCUAGUCUGGCAGGGACAACUUCAGGCAGGUCUCCCCCUCCCUAAUCUGGCCCAUGUUGUCAGGCACAGCACCUGCGCCGUUGCCCAUGCAGCGUGUGACUGUCACUGCACCUCCUUCCUUCUCUCGUUUCACCCUCCCCCAUUACUUCUACUCCAGAAAACUUAUGGAAGCCCUUUGUGACAAGUGCUUCUGAGAAGGAAAAUUCUUGGAACAGACAUCUCUGGGCUCUGUGAGCAGCAGGGAAGCUCUUGAUCCUUCUUGAACUCUGAUCUGGUAUCUCAAAUGAUUCAGGGACUAUUUGGCUAAAGUUUCAUGGCAAACAUGUCCUGCCUUUGUGUCACAGGAGCAAAGUCAGUGCAGUUUCUAGCGUUCCGAGCACCUUAUUCAGUCUGGACCAUCCGUUGGACACAGCUCUGAUCACACUAGGACUUGUCAUUCCAUGGCCCUCCUCUGGUAUCCAUGGUUUCACAAGGUUGCUUAACUGCUACUGAUAGUAGGGAGCCUUGAAAACUCACUGCUGGAUGCUUAUAAUCCCCCUAACUCCCCCAUUCCCCCAUUCCACUCUUCCAUUCUCCUUGCCCUUUAGCGCCUCAAGAAACACCCCCAAAUCAAGGUCGUCAUAAACAGGGCGAGAAGAGUGGGUACGAGCCAGCCCGGGGCCAGUGACUGAAGAAGUACAGUGUAAGUUUCUCAUCUCCUAGACCUCUGUCCCAGGUGCCCAUUGAGUUACUGAUGAAGUAUCUUAAUUGAAAUUUGCAAGGACUUGGAUACCAUUUGAAAUGGGAAAGAUUUUAAAUGGGCUUUAACAUAUUCAGAAAUAUGAAUGAGAAUUCCCAAAUUCAUCUCAGCUCUAGCCGUUGUCCUUGCACCUUACAAUCAAGAUCCAGGUCAUCUCUCUCUUGCUCAUACUCGGGCUUUAGACAUAGCAGUCUAGCAGGCUGGGCCCAAGGCCCCGCCAGUGUCUGUGGUGGCAGUGGGACGUGCUAGUCUGGUCAGUUAGAGUCCGUCUGGCUUUCCACGACGAGCCCAUGGGCUCACCCUCUGCCCAGAGUGAGAGAAGAGGAGGGGGAAGGCAUCACAAAGCCCUCGUCAGCUGGCAAGGUUGUCCCUCCCCUGUUAAGGUCAGGGUUGUGAAGGAAACCAUGUCACCGCAAAAUAUAACUUUCCAAGCACCCCAUCAGUCGGCAGUUGGAUUUGCCGCUAGAGAGUCCUGCUCUUCCCGGAGCCAUCCCGCCCCGCCUGGCCACCUUUCGGAAGCACAGGCCACUCUUGGGUCUUUGUGGGAAGAGUCAGCCCUCUGGUGGCAUUUCCUGGGUGCCAGCAGAGCCCACGUCAGCAGCACAGGAGACUGCGUGUGUGCCCCCAACCUCAUGUCCCCUGCAGGAGUCCAGAGCUGUGGGAGAGGGACAAGAAGAGACAGACCGCAGAGCAGCAGCCGCCCUGUGGAGCCUGCAGGGCCCACCCUGGGGCUUCUCAGGGAGGGACUCGAACUGCUCAAAGCAAUGUUUCCAAGAGAACCUGGAGUCCCCAUGUGAACUAAGGGAACACAUAGGCAAGAAACGUGUGCGUGGAAAUCCUUCUGAACAAAAUGGCUGUCCUUACCCACUGUUUUUAAGCAAAAACUGUUUCCAAACUUUUUAGUGUCAAAACUAACUAAGUGUCUCCUGAUUUUUCCCAUUGUGUUUGGCGAGUGUUGUGACCCUGUCGUAGGUAUUUCUCCUCCUGACUCGGGGGGAGAAGUGGUUUAGGGACUGAUUUGGGGAGCGGGUUUUCCUCCCAUCUCACCUCUUCUUCUGUCUCUCUGCUUGUCGAUAUUGUCUGUGUUACUCAGAGAACUGGGGCAGUUAUGUCGUGUCCAUUAUUGAGAUUAUUAAAAUAUUAAAAAGUAGUUGUAGAACUGAAAAGUUAAAGAGCUUUGUUUUAAAACUGAAAACCAAUGUCAUGUUAACAAAGGAAUUCAAGCUAUGGGGCAGCCGCACUCCCCCCCCCCCAAGCUGGCAGAGGUGGCAGCUGGGCUAGCAGCUUGGGAAACACAGUGAGCACACCCCGGGCAGGUGGCUGCCUGGGGAGAGAGACAAUUUCUGAGUAAAAGGAAUGCAAAUUUAGGGGCUCAGAGACUCAGGUGUGCCAGGACUUUCCUAUCCGUCCUCGGGACCUGUUGGUAGAGGUUUCAGCUUGUUGCCCCAGAACCACCGUCCCCACGUCGGCCCCAGCUCAGUGUGCCUAAUACUCUCUGGUAACCGGGGCUGGAGCCCAAAGCCCACACCUGGCGGGCCGCAGGGCCUCCCUCCUGCCCACUUGGUGCUAUAUCAUCCAGUGGCCCGUCCAGGACGGCCACUCACAGCCAGCCUGGAGCCUGCAGUCCAGGCGGGACGACGCGCCCUCCCAUCUAGUUCCUUCUGGCUUCAGGCCCUAGGUUCUUUCCCUGUGAGCUUUUUAGGCCCCAGAUCUCCCGGGCCAGGGCUCGCUCUCUCGGCCCCAGAGAUGCCGUGGUCAGGAAGGGAUGUGAACCGUGCUGAAGGCAGAAUCUGCACCUGGGCCAGAGCCGGCCCUCUGGGCCCCACACACCACACCAGCAUCGCGCCGCCAGAGGUGCAGCCGGGCCUGGCGAGGGCGCCACACCGCCCGUCUGGCCUGCCCGCCCCACUGCAGGACCAGCCCUGGACCUGCCUCGCACAUCCAGAUGUCCGGGCUGGGCCAGAUUCGCCCCGGGCUCCAGAAGAGAAGUGCCAGCUUCAGCGGGGGCCCAGGGGCCUGGGCCCUGCCCCGUGUAGCUUGAGUUCCUGGCGCAGUGCGCCGCUGCCUUCAGCUGUGCGUGUGUCCUGCUGGAGUUGCGGUACUGAUGGGGUGAUGUACGAAGAAUUGUGCUACAUUCAACUUGGCCUUGAUAAUUACUGUAAACACUUUGUUCAUUUUUUUCUUUUUUAUUCACAAACUAAAUCCAUCAGGAAAUUAUAAAGUUAUUUAAAA